CUAUGCGAGGGUAUAAUCAGUGGUCUGUUGCAGGGAGAUAGAUUAAGAGAUAGACGCCGUGUGUAGCUGUUGUGCCACAAGCCAUAAGAACCCUUGCUUCGUGUUCGUUCGCUGCCAUAUUUCGUCACGACGUCGUUCUGUAUCGCAGUACAGCUUUCACGAUAAACCAAAUUACCUCUUUCUCAGGACACACAUCAAGAUCUCCCAAUGGCAACCAUCGAAGCUCAGAAACUCAGAAGGAUGAUGGGGCGCUUUCGAGUUCUGAUCAUGGGGAGAGCAAACGCAGGCAAAACGACCAUUCCUCAGAAGGUCUGCAACACCACCGAUCGACCAGAAAUUUACGAUACCAAAGGAAACAAGAUUGAUACUACCAUCGUGAAUUCCUCGAUCAAGCGUGGAAAUCACGACAUCACGAAUGAGAUGGUAUUCAAAAGUAAUCCCGAUUUUGUCUUUCAUGACUCGUGCGGUUUCGAAGCGGGGUCUGAAGAAGAGUUUGAAAGCAUGAAGAAAUUUAUAUCAGAACGCGCACAUGCGACGAAAUUAGAGGACCGAAUUCACGCUAUAUGGUAUUGUAUUCCGAUGGACGACCAUUGGCGAACAUUCCAGCGGGCAGAAGAGAAGUUCUUCCAGGAGUGCGACACCGGGCACGUUCCUGUGGUCGUGGUGUUCACCAAGUUCGAAGCUCUGCGUCCAGUCGUGUAUGGUGAAAUCAAGAAGCAACUACAAGGGGUAUCGGGCGAAGAGCGCUCAAAGAGGAUUGCCGAGCGCGUUGAGGAACUAUUCACUAAGACAUGUGUCUUGGAUCGGUUGUACAACCCCGAAAACCGCGCGCAUCCCAAGUCCCAUGUACGCUUGCAAAAUAUGAACAAAACGAAUACAAACUGCGACACUCUGCUGGAAAGCACUACUCUCGCACUGGAUAAUGAAGAAUUGCGGUUGUGCUUGGUGUCGACACAAAAAUCGAACAUGGAGCUUUGCAUCAAGUGCGCCAUCGCAACACUCGUUGACCGUGCACCUAAGCAAAUCGAUGAUGAAGACUAUCAGUAUAGCAUUGCUAAGUGGUUUCCACAUCUCAAACUGGUAAGAUCAUGGCUUACAAAGCUACGCAGGGACAACGCUGAUGCCUUACUGCUGCUCGCCUGUUGACAGCGGGUAAGUGCCUUGAUGGUUUCUAGUCCUCGACCCAUGCUCAUGAUCCCCAUCCCUCG